AUGAUAGGUCAUGACCUAGAGGAGACCAAGGAUAUUGAUGAGCAGGUGAGGCAACUUCAUGAGAAGAAAGCCGCCAUCAUUGCCAAAGUCUCCGAGGUUUUUUGGAGCAAUCGACCUCUUGAGGAAUUGACGCUUCAGUCUACCUUGUACUUAGCUAGUUUCUUUUUAUUUGGUCACCACAUGUGGUAA